GAUGCCUUGCGAGUAUUUUAUUCUAAAAUUAUAAACGAACUUUUCAAGUUUAAUUAUUGUAUAGUAAAAUAAUUAUAGUAUAGAAGAUGAUACUAUUGAAACCGGUGUUAUUACCAACCGUUAAGUAUCUACUCCAAGUGAGGCAGUUAUCAGUAAGAAAUAGUCUAUUCAAACGAGCUGAAGAGAUUAUCAAGCAAGUGGACCCUUAUUGCAAAAUCCGAAUCCGAUGCAACUACAACUUGACCAUUGCUCCAUAUGAUUUACUAGACUGUCCUGAUUCAAAUAUUUUAAAGAUGACUCUCGGUAGUAAGGCGGACGAUAUUAACGUAGAAUCCAACGACAAUGAAGUAAAUAUAGUAGACAGCCGCUCAGGGUCUCCGAUCAGCUGUUUAUUAGAAAUACCCAUCAAAGCUGAUUUGGAAAUUGAUAAUUUAGGAGAUACCAAGAUUUCCGAACUAUACAGUGAUCAGAUUCAAGUUCGGUCUGCCGGUAAUAUCGUGACGAAAAAUUUGCGAAGUUCAUUAAUUGAUUUGCGAAGUAGUCGCGGCAAUAUUUCCUGUGGAGGAAUUACGUUGGCCCAAACCAUCAAAGUUGUAACUGAUGGCGAGGGCAACAUAUUGCUCAAUAAGCUACAAGGCGGUGAUGUCGACGCAGAAACCAAACUAGGCAACAUUUCCGUCAGUUCGAGUUACUGCAAUAGCUCCAGGUUUAAGACAGAAAACGGUAACCUAUUUCUUAAAAAUAUUCACAAGCUCUGCCGGGUAUCAACCAAAGGGAGUGGCCGGUUAGUUAUGAACGGAUUCUAUGGUACUCUGCUGGCAAACGUCGCCAGUCCGGAAGUAGAUCUUCAACUAUCGGAAAUAAUCGGACGAUGCAGUGUAACUGCCGAAUCGGCUGAAAAGCUAGUAUUAGCUAUUAACGAUACAAUUUGUGAAAAUGCUGAAAUCGCUAUUACAUCUAGGCAACUUGAGAUUGAUCCCAGCUUCGACAGCGAUCAGCAUGCUGAACAGAAGAAAUCUGGUGAAUUUAUUUUCGGUAAUACAACUACUCAAAAUAAACUGCAAGUUGAAGGCGGAAAACUUGUGCAGCUGAGAAAGAUGUCUUGGGCUGAUACGUUAGGGCUUGAUUUGAAAAUGGACAAAACAUAAAAUGGAAUGGCUCGAAAAAAUGCUAGUGCUCAAUAAAUUGGUAGG